AAAAGAAAAAAUGGCUGCAGAACAGAAAAAGAAAGAAAACUCUCUGUUAUCCACCACUUCAUCUUCUUCUCUCCUCUCUUCUUCUUCCUCUUCACAGAUCUGAAGACAACUGAAAAACCCUAAUUCUAUUAACAUUUAAUUGUCUUAAACCCCCAGAAUCAAACCCUAGUUUUUUUCAUCUUCAUUUCAUUUUCAUUUUCUCAUUUCUCCUCUUCCUGUUACAAACAGAGAGGAAGAGGUAGAAACAAAAAAUAACAAAAAUGGCAUCUUCAAGGGGUAGCAGAGCAGAGAAAGUGAAGAGGAUAUUUCAACAAUUUGAUACAAAUAAAGAUGGUGGUUUGAACAGAGAAGAAAUGGCAUCUCUUGUUGUUGCUGUAAACCCUAGGGUUAAAUUCAGCGAAGAACAAAUUAGUGCAAUUCUCGAUGAAGUUUUCAAAACGUACGGUGAAUUUAUUGACGGUGAUAAAGGGUUAACUCAUGAAGGUCUUUUACGUACUUAUGAUGACGGUGCAGGUGAUGUUGAUCGUGAUUUUGAUGCUUUAGGUUUGGAACUCAAUCCAGAUUCUUCGUCUGUGCAAAUUUCUAUGGUUUCUGAUGAAGCCUCUUCGUCUUCAAUUGUGGAUGAAAGAGGAAUUAUUGACCAGAAUAAGAAGAAAACUGUUGCUGCUUGGGCUGCGUCUCCAAACCACGGAAUUGUAUUCGAUGAUACAUGGAAAAUUGUUGAUGAUUUGGAGAUUUUGAUUAAGAGAUUGAAAGUAAAACAAGCGAAAGAAGGGAAAUUGAAAGGGGAUAAUGUUGAUGUUUAUUCUGAUGCUGGUUGGUCAAGAGAAUUAGGUCCUUCUACAGAAAUGUCAGAGAAGAGAAUCAUUUGGGAUGAAUCAGGGAAUGAUUAUGCUCAAUUUGUGAAAGAAUUGGGAGUUUUGAGAACUAGAGCUGAUGCAUCUAGGUCAAGAGAAGAAGCGUUUGACGGGCAAAUGGCGAUUGGGCGGGUUUUGUAUGAGCAUCAAUUGUUUAGGGAAGCAUUGGUGAGCUUUAAAAGAGCUUGUGAGCUUCAACCAACUGAUAUUAGACCACAUUUCAGGGCUGGGAAUUGUAAUUAUGUUCUUGGAAAGCAUAAGGAAGCGAAGGAGGAGUUUUUAUUGGCUCUUGAUGCUGCGGAGAUAGGUGGGAAUCAAUGGGCUUAUCUGCUUCCUCAAAUUCAUGUCAAUCUUGGCAUUUCUCUUGAAGGUGAAGGUAUGGUUUUGAGUGCUUGUGAGAAUUAUAGAGAGGCUGCAAUUCUUUGUCCCACACAUUUUAGGGCUUUGAAACUUUUGGGUAGUGCUCUUUUCGGUGUUGGAGAGUAUAGAGCAGCUGAGAAAGCUUUAGAAGAGGCAAUUUUUUUGAAAUCUGAUUAUGCUGAUGCACAUUGUGAUCUUGGGUCUGCUUUGCAUGCCAUGGGAGAAGAUGAGAGAGCAAUUCAGGAAUUUCAGAAGGCUAUUGAUUUGAAAACAGGACAUGUUGAUGCAUUGUAUAAUCUAGGUGGGCUUUAUAUGGAUAUGGGUAGGUAUCAGAGAGCUUCAGAGAUGUAUACUCGAGUUUUGUCUGUGUGCCCGAACAAUUGGAGAGCUCAGUUGAAUAAAGCUGUUGCGUUGUUUGGGGCUGGGGAAUCUGACGAUGCGAAAAAAGCUCUGAAGGAGGCUUUUAAAAUGACCAAUAGGGUUGAAUUACAUGAUGCCAUUGCUCAUUUGAAGCAGUUGCAGAAGAAGAGACCUAAACUCAAAGCAAGUGCCGGUGCUGAUGCGGAGGCGCCUUUCCUUAUCGUGGAGCCAUCAAAGUUCAAGAGGGUGAAUAAUAGGACUACACCAAGGCAGGAUUUAGCUAAUGCUUUGGAAAUUAGGUCUUUUCAGAGGCUCACCAGAUUGAGUCGCUGUGAGGUUGAGCUUUUGAAGAAGGAGAUGAAUGAAACUGAGGUUCCAGUCUCCUACUCUGGCAGUGGUAUCCCUGAAAAAUCAAUCAGAAAGGCUGCAUUGGAGGUAAUUCUGCGCAGGUUGCUUCAUUUUCUGAAGCCCGAGACAUUCCAAGGAGCUGUAAAAGUAAUCAAUGAGAGAAUCUUGUCUGUAAUGGAUGGUUCAGGUGUGGGUAGAGUCGAUUUGGGCAUGUUCUUUGCUAUUCUUGCCCCCAUCUGUGGUAGCUCCCCUGAUAAACGCAAAAGGAUUGUGUUUGAUGCGCUCAUGUGGCGGCCUGUGAAUGAAGGUGUUGGUCAGAUUAGAAGAGUUGAUGCCCUGGCAUACAUGAAGUUAUUGAGAGCAGUUUAUAUUCCUUCACAGGGUGUCAGUGAGAUGUUGGAGGGUGUCAGUGAGAUGUUGGAGGUUCAUGGAGACGAUGAUACCUCGGUAAUCUCCUUUCCUGAGUUUGUAGUGAUGUUUGAUGAUCCAGAUUGGGGUUUUGGGAUCAUGUCUACUCUUGGGAAGCUUGAGAACAAAGAUAGAACUCGUCAUGGAAACCAUGCUUGCUCAGUUUGUCGCUAUCCUGUUAUUGGAUCGCGCUUCAAGGAGGUGAAAGCACAUUUUAGCUUGUGCAACCAAUGCUACAGUGAAGGAAAGGUGCCAUCUUCCUUCAAGCAGGACGAAUAUCGAUUCAGAGAGUAUGGGACUGAAAGAGAGGCUAUGAAAGAUAAGUGCAUGUUCUUUAAUUUACAUUCGAAGAAUUCCUCCGAAGAUGAACUGUAGUUAGUCCUUGUCCUCCUUGUGUGAAUUGUUUAAAUACCCUGUAAAAUUCCUAUAAACUAUUCUAAUUUAUGUGUGAAAUAUAGAUCACAUGUGUUUGAUAAGCAUGCCCUGUUCUUGUAUAAUAAUCAUCAUUGAGAAUGUCCUCGAAAUUUUCUGCUUAGCAACAACUUGCGCAGAUAGAUAUUCUUUGUUCAUUUCAGAAAAUAGGAGAAAUUUUAUUGUGCUUAUUUGGUGCCAGUAAUGAUUUUUGUAUGAUC